AAAUGAUGUAAGGAAUAAUUCAAAUACUUUCGACUGAACAAAGAAAGUUUGAACAGUAUGCGACUUACGACAUUGUGACAACAAUGAGAUUGAAACUAUGGCAGAAAGAGCUCAUCUUAACAUUAGAUGAAAUCUGGAACAUCCCUUUGUGGGCAGGCACUUAGCGGAAUCAAACGAUUAAUUUCGGCAAUAAACUCAUGGUAGUCGCCUUUAUGUGCUGGACUGGACUUGCAAAAAUAGUGUUAAGUAUCCUGUAAAGUAUUCCUGAAAAUUUGAAGAAAAAUUAUUUAUCCACUACUGAUCCAACUAAUUUCCAAGAGGCACAUUUGUAAAACCUGUACACAGGAAAAUAUUCCACACAUUAUGCACAUCUUCCUCGUUCAUACCACCCUCCUGGACCAAUAUCACAUAUCAGAUUUGGACAAUGAAUUACAUACAGGGAAUUAUGUAUGUAGUACAUAUUUAUAUAUUGAAGCGUCGCAUAUCAAUAGUUAUAAUACAAAUAUUAAAAGGAAGAAAUUUCUGAAAAAAGUACGAUUCUCCAAAUAAAUGAAUAAAACACUGGAAUACAGUCUAACGGUAUAUUUUCUAAACAACAAUUAUGAAAUAGCCAUUGUAAUAUCAGUAUUAACUAAUAUUAGUGGAUAAAAUAAUUAUAAUAAUCGUCAAACUGUUAUAAAUCACCAUUGAUCUCAAGGUGUUGCCUGACAAUUUAAGACUAAAAAAACUAUUAUUAUCUGUAGCAACAUGUUGCAAGAGUAUAAAAAUUCGAUAUAUUCUAAUAGUUCAUUGACCUACAAAUAAUGCAAAAUCGUUCUUGGACUUGAGGAAUCUUCCAUGUAGAAUACUGUAUUUAGAUAGAUAGAUAGAAGUUUAUAUUAUAUAUACAAUUACAACUCGCAGAGAAUCAAAUUGGCACCUUUCUUUUGUCCCCUCUACAAUUUAGAGCAUAAUAUUUCAAGUACUAAUAUUUAUAACACCGCUCACGAGAUUGAAUUUAUCAGUAAAUAGUUUUAUCAAAUACUCUCAUGUUGAACUACAUAAAUCCGGGAAAAUACAUAACGGCGUUAUACCUAAACAAGGUAUAAAUAGGAACCAUUCAAGUUUAGUGUUCAUAGAAAAGAGGUGUUAUAAAUUAAACAUCUUGCGGUUAGUUGCGGAAAGUAGUCAGUGCAAUCUUAAAGACAUUUUGAAAAAUCAAAAGAUGGUUGGUACUUCAAAGGAAAAACGCAUCUUUAAACAGUAUGAACCAACAAUUUGUUACAAUAAGCCGCCUUCGGCACAAGUCGAUCCAGUGGAAUAUGACAACAAACGGCUUCAAAUGCUUUCAGGUGAGAUCGCCGAAACACUGAUCGUACCAAAGCGCACCGCGCGCACAUGGACAAUGCAGGCUGGCGAUUUGUGUCGUAUUACUGUCUGUGAAGGUUCACAGGUGGGAGAUAUGAAUUUCUGGAAUUCGGACAAUAUCAAGGAACACUUCUACUCAGGCAAGACACGCCAGUUGCAUAGUACACAUCUCAAAGUUUACGAUCGCUUAUGGAGUAAUUUCCCCUAUUUGCGACCAAUGGCUACACUCGUUUACGACACGCUAGCGGAUUAUGGCAUCGACGAGCAUGGUGGUGCGCUGCACGAUGUAGUUGGUACGCGUUGUGAUGAUUAUACAUACAAAUUAAUUACCGGUAAAGAUCGUGUGGGCAGCUGUCACAGUUCGCUAACGAAAGCGGUGGUCCAGGAGCGUGGUAUGAAAGAGGAAGAUGUGCAUGACGUAUGGAAUAUUUUCAUGUGCACUGGCUUUACGAGAGAUUCUCAACAAUAUUUUUGCAAGCCAAGCCCAGCACGUAAAGGAGACUAUCUCGAGUUUAUUGCCGAAAUUAAUCUAUUGAUUGCGCUAAGUACCUGUCCACAAGGUGAUGUUUCAAUAGUGGUCGGUGAGGAAGUACCCGAUGAGAUAUGUCAUCCACUGAAGGUGGAAGUUUUUCGCAAAAAUAAUAAUAAUUAACAAUUUACAUACAUAUACAUAUAUUGGAAAAAAAUAUGCCAUAGUUUAAAAAAUAAACUACUAGAUACCUGUUUAGCACAAAAAUUAAUA